AUGCCGAGGGGAGAAAAACAAGAAGGGCGGCAAGGUGGAUGGCCCUGGGACAGAGGGCUGUUCAUCACUAUGUUCCAGGGAGUAGGACGUGUUCAGGGCACGCUGCAGACUCUCGUCUUCUUAGGCGUCCUAGUGGGCAUGGUGGUGCCCUCACCUGCCGGCGCCCGUGCCAACGGCACACUCCUGGACUCCAGAGGCUGGGGCACCCUCUUGUCCAGGUCCCGAGCUGGGCUAGCUGGAGAGAUUUCGGGUGUGAAUUGGGAAAGUGGCUAUUUGGUGGGCAUCAAGCGGCAGCGGAGACUCUACUGCAACGUGGGCAUUGGCUUCCACCUCCAGGUGCCCCCCGACGGCCGCAUCAGUGGAACGCACGAGGAGAACCCCUACAGCCUGCUGGAGAUUUCCACCGUGGAGCGGGGUGUGGUGAGCCUCUUCGGUGUGAAAAGCACCCUCUUCAUCGCCAUGAACAGUAAAGGAAGACUGUACACCACGCCCAGCUUCCAAGAGGAAUGCAAGUUCAGAGAAACCCUCCUCCCAAACAAUUACAACGCUUACGAGUCAGACCUGUACAGAGGGACCUACAUUGCACUGAGCAAAUAUGGCCGGGUAAAGCGGGGCAGCAAGGUGUCCCCAAUCAUGACUGUCACUCACUUCCUCCCCAGGAUAUAA